UCUGUCGAUUGACGUGAAAUUUGUGGUGAAAUUCUCUUAUUUUCCAUGUGAAAUUUGUAAAACAAAAAGUGCCCACUGUGUCGUACGUCGUGUGUGCUGCUGUAUAUGUGGCUCAGGCCCAAGGCAACAAAGACAUUUUUGUUCUUUUUUGUCGACGGGCUUUCAGCAUUUCUCCUAUCUUUUUCAUCCCGUAAUAUUUUGUCAGUUUUUGCUCUGUUUUUCUACCAACACUAUUGGGGCAUUAUGGGAAGCAUGUGAGUUGGGACCGGGCGGGAGGCCCAGCUACUGCUUAAACCCUCUCCGCCCCAGCACAGGAGUUGCUGCAAUAUAUUCACCCUUUUAUUCCCUAUUUUUCUCUACCAAAAAAUUUGCCCUUAACCUUCUUGAUUUUUUUGAAAUUUGUUGAUUCCUUUUUACCUUUUUCCUGUGUCCUCCUACCGAAACAACACCAACCAAGAGACGAAAAAAACAAAACAAAAAGAAAAUCAAGUUUGAAAUUACCGGAAAUCAAGUUAACACAGAAACCAACUUAAAGGCAGUGCGCGGACAAACAUUAAAGAAUGCCAAUUCAAGCUCCUCAGUGGACUGAAUUCCUUUCUUGUCCCAUCUGCCGUCACGAAUUCGACCGUGUCCAGCGUCAACCCAUCAGCCUCGCAUGUGGGCAUACACUCUGCAAGACAUGUCUUUCGAAGCUGCACCGCCGACAAUGUCCAUUUGACCAAAGCAGUGUCAGUAUCGAAGCUGAAGACUUGCCGGUCAACACAGCCCUUUUACAACUCAUCUCGCCGUCUGCUAUCCACCACAAUGGCGACCAUAACGAAGAAAAUCAUCAUGACGAUCAAGACCAAUCAAUGGAGGAAGAAGUGCAGUCGUCAACGACGCUCCUCUCAUCUUUGGACAAGGACCAAUGGCAGUUGUAUCGCUCCAGUCGUCGCUGCGUCGAGGAGCUGGCCCUAUUCUUGAAGAUUAGUGGAGGCGUGCCACUCCUAUCACGACCGAUGCAACGCAAAUUGGUGACUUUGAUUACUUGCCAACUGGCCGAAUCAGAAGGACGAGCCAGAGCUGUUCGUGCAGCUCGAUCCUUGGGCGAACGCACCGUCACCGAACUCAUAUUGCAACAUCAGAAUCCGCAACAACUUUCAGCUAAUCUUUGGGCUGCCGUUCGGGCUAGAGGCUGCCAGUUUCUUGGCCCGGCAAUGCAAGAAGAAGUCUUGAGGCUCGUUCUCCUCGCCUUGGAAGAUGGAUCGGCUUUGUCACGUAAAGUUCUCGUCAUGUUCGUCGUCCAGCGACUUGAACCUCAUUUUCCACAAGCAUCCAAGACCAGCAUUGGUCACGUUGUCCAGCUACUUUACCGUGCCUCCUGUUUCAAAGUGUCUAAACGAGAGGGCGAUUCGUCAUUGAUGCAAUUGAAAGAUGAAUUUAGGACUUACGAUUCUCUUCGACGAGAACACGACGCCCAGAUUGUGCAGAUCGCCACCGAGGCCGGACUAAGGAUCGCCCCCGAUCAAUGGUCGUCGUUACUGUACGGCGAUUCGGCCCACAAAUCGCACAUGCAAAGCAUCAUAGACAAAUUACAGACCCCUCAGUCAUUUGGCCAAUCGGUGCAGGAACUGGUCAUCGCCCUGCAGCGUACAGGUGAUCCGCACAACCUGUCCAAUUUACGACCUAGUCUGGAGCUCCUUGCCGCUCUCGAUCCUUGUCCCGAUGCCACUUUGCCCAGCUGGGUAGAAUGCGACGGGGCUUUGGAAGCGGCCCGGAUGACUGUUCGAGGAUUGAUUGAUUUCGUCUCGUCACACGGCGGAGGCGGCCGAUCCAACGGCCGUCAGUCUGAGCAAGCCGCCCACGGAUCGCAUGGCAUCAAGUACAAAACCAGUUUGUGUCGCGAUCUUCUUCGUGGUGGCUGCCCCCGUGGAUCCAAUUGCACUUUCGCCCACUCGGAAGAAGAGCUGGACCGGUACCGAUCCCGUCACCGAAAGAAUUCCGGCAAACUGAGAAACGGAACUGGCGAAGGAGGAAGUUUAGGGUCUCAAGAAAAUUUGGUGGUGGGUGUAGACGCCGGCGGAAUCGCCAUGAUCACCGAGACGGACCCAACCAGUUUUUACUACAAUCCAGCACCUGCGGACGGCACAGCCCCCAUGAUGAGCCGUGGUCGUCCCAACUACGCCGGCCCGCCUUACACUGCCGCACACGUCCCAUUUCGUUCGCGCGGACAUUAUGGAGCUAGUGCUUACCCGACUCCGCCGCCACCAACCUACGGUGCUGGACCGCAUCUCUACGGAGCGCCUUCGAUUCCGCCUCAACCCGAGUACGGAAUGCAGGCACCAAUGGCUGACUAUCCAAGUCGGCCCAUCGAAACUGCUCGCUUGAUUCCCUCUCUGGCCAGUCAAAGUUUGGGCGUCUUGCAGAGUCGAAAGCAAGAAAUUUUAGAUCAACUUGAAAAAAUUGGCACUGCCACCAACAGCAGCAGUAGUCAAAAUUAUUCCAUCUGGAAUGGACGGGCGGCGGCAGCAGCAGCAGCAGCCGCAGCUGGAACUACUUCAGGUUAUGGCCGGGCGGAUGGGUUGUUUGACGAUGAUUUCAUCCCGUUUGGCGCGCCCCUUUGCAGCAAAUACGGCCCUAUAUCACGUCUUUCGAGGAUCAUCCCUCGACAAUCAAAUCCCAUCCAGGCGACUUCUGCAUUUGGCCAUUCGCUCAUUUCGACCCCGAUGAAGCGAACGCCGUUGAGUUCCACUGGACGCGACUUGGAUGACUGGACCGAAGGCCAAGAUGAAGACGACGCUGAUGGUGGGCAAGAACCUAACGGUGACUCCGCACCGCCGGCUGCUGAACCGGUUCGCGAUUUCUACGUGGAGUCGGAACGGAUGAAAUACGAGCUGGAAUUAAUCAAGCAGCAAAUUGACGAACUGAAAAUGGCUACCCGUGAAGCUUCUAUAGGUUGUAUGACGGAAGGUCGCCAGCGUUUAUCGCGUGAGCUUCAUUUGAUCGAAGAAAACAUCCGCGAGAAGGAGCGUCAGCUUCGCUUGACGCAACGCAAACGCCGCAAUGUGGCCACUCCGGUCCACGGGAAGGCCCCCAUCGACUGGGAUGUGAAAUUCUUCAACGGUUUCAACGAUCCCUUGGUAGGGACCGUUACCACAACGGGUGACGACGAGGAUACAGGAAUCGCAAACGGUAUGAGGGAGCUGGAACUUCGUCUCCAGCAUGAUUUGGAGGAACAAGAAUGAAGAAGAAAAUUGACGUUUUGUGCAGUUCACAAACAAAACAUUUGAGUGGUUGUUUUUUCAACGAAGUGCUACGUUUCCUCAUUUUUUUUUUCAAACUUUCUUUCCUAAUUUCACAGACCUGAUCCCUGUAGGAUCAUUUUUGACAAUUCGUACACUUUCACCCAAAUGUCAUAAUUGUGUUAUCCCCCUCCCCCCCCCCCCCCGCGUAAUUACGUCUUGAAAACUAUACAAAUCCUUACAUGAGUCUUCUCUCUUCACAUGUGUGUUACGGUCAAUAUUUCUCUGCAUUAUAUUAAUGCGAAUCGUUACGACGGCAUUGGCGGACUGUGGCAGAGUUAUAUAGACACUUUCUUUUUUUCUCCUUUAUUCGCGAGAACCCACACUCGGACGUCGCUCUCCUCACAAUUGUCUGACCUAACCGAUUCACAUAUUCGUUACAAGAAAAACCAAUUUAGUUAUUUUUCAUCCACCUUUCGGCUAUUGUAUUUUGCUCCCCUAUGGCUCUAUACUUUUAUUCGAUUUUCUUAAUUCGUGUCAGGAUUUCGCUAGUUAACAAGAAAAAAGAAACGAGUAUGGAAAUUACUGUAGCCUUAAAGAUUCCGGAAUGUCAAUUCCCCUUUUUCACCUUAACGCGAUUGAACGCAUCGUGGGUGUAUAUCGCAAUCUUUAAUUCUUUUCUUUCAAAUGCAUCUGUGGUUUAUCGUCUUUUGCGUGUGUAACAAGACGUGCUUGAUAAAUAAUUUUCGAAUAAUGAAAAUACACAAAUCAAAUCGUC